CAGAGGCGACUUCUCCGGGGGAGAAGAGCGGACGAGCCCGAGUUCAUCCAGCCACAGUGAAGGCGCGUGAGCGCUCUGGUGCCGAGGUCGCGCUGGGGUGACGACGGUCAGGCCGCGGUCACGUGACGCGCGCCAGGCGUCACGCCGCUCGAGCGACUUUUCUUAAGUUUCGUUUCUCCCGAGGAAGUUGCGCUGGAGGCGCCCUCGAUUUAUCCACAGGCUUCUGCCGUUGACAGCGAGGCGUCGCCUGGAGCGUGUCUCCGCCCCCGCCGCGCGGCCCCGUGUCUGACAGCAGCCGACGCGGACGCAGUUCACUCCAGAGUCAGGACGGUGUGAAGCGUCCCGCGCCAGCAUGGUUCUGAGCAAGAAGCUGCACCUGUGCGCUCGGGUUGGACUGGACUUCUACGAGUUCCUGAGGGACACCGACCGCACCGGCGUGACGGACAAAAGCCAGCUGCGGGAAAUCUACAACCUCGAGUUCCGAGCGCGGAGCGACGGAGUGAAGGAGCCCAACUUUGGCUCGGUGCUGUACAGCCUGAAGGUCUCCUACAGAGUGACGGUCAAGAGGGAUGUCGUGACGUUCACGCGCUCGGUGCGGGCCCACGACCAGGACCAGUGGAGGGCCGUCAGGUCCCGCAGGCCUGACUCUGGUCCCAGUGUCGAUCCAGUCCAGACCGAGCUCCAGCCGCAGCGGAGUCUGGCCAAACUGCUGAUGAAGAAAUUGAAGACCAACAGGUCGACCUUCAUCUCAGACAAACAUGGCGUCCGCAUCACGUCCGACCACCACUUCGAGGACGGGAGACUGCAGCUAACGGUCACGGAGGCGCAGCAGUACGUGGUGAAGAUGUUUGUGGAAAACUGCGGAACAGCGCCGGUCCACUUCACCUACUACACGCCGCUGCACUUCCUUCGAUACUUCAGCCUGGUGGACGAGCACAAGGUGACGAGGACCAAGCCGCUGACUCUGCAGUCAGGCGACUCCUAUGAAGUCCAGCUGCACUUCCACUGCACCCUGGUCGGGUUCUACCCCGCCACUUUGGCCUUCGAGUUCAAGUCGCACUCGCAAUCGACGACAGCCUUCCACAUUGUGCGCUUUGUCGAAGCCCACUGCAUGAGCUCGCUGGGCCUGGAGCUGGCUCCUGAAGCCCCCUACAGGCAGCAAGCGGCUAUUGUCCUUUACAGUCAGGGCAAGAGUCGCAUCAUGGACGGGCAGCGGCCUGAAGGGAUCACGGUGAUGCAGCUGAAGAACGAAGUUCCUCUGAAGUACUACAACCUUCCAAAGGGAGUGCAGCAGCUGGUGGUGGCGCUGAAGAGAGGUUCAGCCACAGACAAGACGACGCUGCUGGAGAGCCCGCUGAGCUUCGGCAACUACUGGGACAAGUUCCGGCUGCUCCUGCAGCUGGAGGAGCAUCAGAUGCUGAGUGACAUGCGCAGGUACAACAUACCCAACAGUGAGCGAGGCCCAGCCGACAUGAGCCUGGACCCCUGCAACCGGAAACUGCUGAUUCUGCAGGUUCCCGGCGUGUCGGAGAACCGUCCCUCAGUUCUGCGGGGAGACCAGCUGCUGGUCUAUCCCACCGACGACCCAAGCGUGAAGUACCGCGGCUACGUCCACAGCGUCCAGCAGGAUAGCGUCCGCCUGGGAUUCAGCUCCGAACUUCUCAGUCGCUUCAUUGAGGGGAUGAAGUUCAAUGUGGAGUUCGCCGUCAACCGUGUCCCUCUGCGUGUUCAGCACCGAGCGGCGGAGAUAGCGACCGAGCACAUGCUGGAACCAGUGUUGUUCCCAGCGCUUCCGACCCACAAUCCAGACGUCCUGCCUGGGUCUCUCAGGCUCUUUGACUCUCAGCUGGAGAGGAACCAGCUGCAGUACCAGGCCGUCUGUCACAUCGUAGCCGGGUCUUCUAAACCCGCCCCGUACUUGGUCUUCGGUCCUCCUGGCACAGGUAAGACGGUGACUCUGGUGGAGGCCAUCAAGCAGAUCGAGAAGACGGAGGCGGGCUGCCACAUCCUGGCCUGCGCGCCCUCCAACAGUGCGGCCGACCUGCUCUGCAGUAGGAUUCUGCACCACGUGGAUCUUCACAAGGUUUACCGCAUGUACGCCAGCAGCCGAGACCCCGUCUGUGUCCCCGGAGACCUGAAGUCCUGCUCCAACUUGGUGGGCGACUGCUACCUGUUCCCACCCAAGGAGGAGCUGAUGAAGUUCAGGAUCCUGGUCACCACGCUGAUCUCAGCUGCGAGGCUGGUGUCAGGAAACGUUCCCACGGGUCACUUCACCCACGUGUUUGUGGACGAGGCAGGACAUGCUGUGGAGAGCGAGUGCAUCAUCCCCUUGGCAGGUCUGCUGCAGGCCGGCUCCGGUCAGGUGGUUUUGGCUGGAGACCCCAAACAGCUGGGACCCAUUCUUAGAUCUCCUUUCGCUGUCAAGUACGGCCUCGGUGAGCGGCUCGCACGCACACGCUCUCACAGACUCACACACACAAACACACACGCACACACUGCUCUCUGGUCUGCAGGCGUCUCAUUCCUGGAACGGAUCAUGACGGACUUCCCCCAGUACCAGAAGAAGGACGGCGUCUUCGACAACCGCUUUGUCACCAAACUGCUGAAGAACUACAGGUCCCAUCCUGCCAUCCUGAGGAUUCCAAAUGAGCUCUUCUACGAUGGCGAGCUGGAGGUCUGCGCUGAUGAGAUCAUCCGAAACUCCUACUGCCAGUGGCAGCACCUGCCCAAGAAGGGCUUCCCCGUGAUUUUCCACGCUGUGACUGGCAUCGACGAGCGCGAGUCCAACAGCCCGUCGUUCUUCAACAGAGCCGAGGCGGAGGUUGUGGUGGACUAUGUGAAGAAGCUCCUGGAGACGCAGAGGAAGAAAGGCCUGGCUUCCAUUUCUCCACGUGACAUCGGCAUCAUCGCCCCCUACAGGAAACAGGUCCAGAAGAUCCGGAAAGCUCUUCAGAAAAUACAGAAGGACUUUAAGUUGAAGGACAUGCAUCAGCUGAAGGUGGGGUCAGUGGAGGAGUUCCAGGGUCAGGAGAGGAGAGUCAUCCUGGUGUCCACUGUCCGGAGCAGCCCGGACUACGCCGAGAUCGACAAGACGUUUCACCUGGGCUUCGUGAAGAAUGAGAAGAGGUUCAACGUUGCUGUGACGCGAGCCAAAGCCCUCCUGGUGGUGGUGGGGAACCCCAGAGUGCUGAAGAUGGACCCCGUGUGGAGCCGGUUCCUCCAGUACUGUGGGGACGAGGGCGGCUUGUGUGGCUACGUCCACUCGGAGGAGGACGAAGACGUCAUCGCCAGGCUCGCUUCACUCUCAAUCCACAUGCAGGUGGAAGUGGAGACAGAAGAGAGUGUUGUCCAGCAGCAGUUGGAUCCCGAGUGGAGGAGUGACCUUUGACCCUGCACAGGGACCGGGUGAAAGAAGUGCUCUGGACCAGACACCGCUGUUUUCCAACCCUUGUCAAGCACUGUUCUUUGAAGACAAAUCUGGAGGAUCGCCACCAAGGGGACCUCGGCCGUAUCGCAAUUCUGCUUCGUCCAAAGUCCUGUUGAAAGUACCUUUUCAGUUGUGAGGAAUUGUACCAACUCGGUUAUGAUUUGUUUAAAAAUGUUUCCAGAAAGGACGUGUGUGUCGCGUCAGCACAGACCUGUGAUGUGUAGAAAAUCGGUGUCAUCAGCAUGGCGCCACUAGAAACCAGCAUUUCCGUCCAUGCCAAUCGGUGCCUGAAGAAGGGCCCCGAGAUGAGCGAGCACACGCUCACAACACGCCUCGACACACGGGGCAAGAGCCGUCAGCUGCUGUUGCACGCUGCAGUACCGUGUCCGACCUGGGGGUGGCGCUGCUGAGCGCAGACGCCAGUCUUCUUCACACCUCACAGCGCACCACUGUGAGUUCAGAGCCGCCGCGAAACACUUCAGCUCGAACUCGCGGUCUGGAUUUCGGAACCAGAACUUGACCAGAACACCUGCUACUGUUAUCGCUCUUAAUGCGGAACUUAACCCGAACUUUCU